AUGCCACCAUCUACUGCUGCGACUACGGCAGCCUCACCACUUGAGCAACCAAGGCUGAAUAAUGCACACAACCCUCCACGACCGGGUGGUUCAAGGCAUCUCGCAGUCAACCAAACCGACUCUCCCUCCCGCCACUCUUCCACCGGCUCCGCAACUCAAACCGUCACUCCGAUCGACUCGGCCUCGUCCCGCUCCGCCUCUCCAGAGCCACUUGUCCUACACCUUCGCGGAGCACACAACGCCUCUGGAACCAAUACUGCACGCGGACAUCGGCGACAAAUCACCUGGGCAGAAGAUGUAAUAGACAACGAGGGACUGGGCCGCAAAUCAAGCAAGGUGUGCUGCAUAUACCACAAGACGAGGGAAUUUGGGGAGAGUUCAAGCGAGGAGGACAGUUCGAGUGACAGUGAUUCCGGCGACAGUGACGCCGACGGAAGCGAUAGUCCAGAUGACGGUGGAGCCAGAAUGAGCGGGAAUAGGAGAGGACACAAGCACGGAGAUGAUUGCGGUCAUGGAAAAGGCAAAGGCAGGAGAAUGCCCAGCCCAAAUGCGUAUGAAAAAAUGCCAAAGUACGGCCCGAGACAAGGUAGAGCAAGAAGUUAA